CCGGGAUAACCAGCCGCUUACUAACUCGGAGUACGAAAACUUAGUGAGGAUUCUUGUCCAGAAUGAGGCUCUCGACGUGCUCCACCUAGAGUUUCCGCCUGACGGUACUGCGCGCGGUGACCCCACCACGUCAAAAACAGUCACGAUACACAUCACAGACGAGAAUGGUAUAAGGCUCGGUGACGGGCGCUCUCUGACGGAAAUAUUCAGCGAGAAGCAGGGAGAAAGUCCCUCAGGUAUCGCGGAGGACAGUCAAGAUAACGCUAGCGAUGAAGAUACACAGAGCGAUGAUAUCGAGGGCAUCGGGCGUAGAUCAAGUAGCAUGAAUGGCAGUCCGAAACCACAACCAGAUCUAGAAGUAGACGAGGAUAUUGCAGGAUCAUCGAAAACAACUGCCCCAACUUCGGCGGUGGGCGCUGAAUUUCAGACAGAACGACCUGGCAGGCGACGUCGCGUUGUAAAGCCUGUUGUGGAGUUCAUUGAG